AUGCGGUGCGCAGCACUACCGCUGCUCUGGCUGCCCCUGGCGGGGGCGGCCGCAACCGAAGAGCCCACCCGGGAGCCGGGGUCGCCCGGCGAGCCUCCUCCAGGGCUGGCGCUCUUCCGCUGGCAGUGGCACGAGGUGGAGGCGCCCUACCUGGUAGCCCUGUGGAUCCUGGUGGCCAGCCUGGCCAAAAUAGUGUUUCACUUGUCUCGGAAGGUGACAUCACUGGUCCCUGAGAGCUGCCUGCUGAUUUUGCUGGGACUGGUGCUUGGAGGCAUUGUCUUGGCUGUGGCCAAGAAAGCUGAGUACCAGCUGGAGCCAGGCACGUUCUUCCUCUUCCUGCUGCCUCCUAUUGUGCUGGACUCAGGCUAUUUCAUGCCUAGCCGGCUGUUCUUUGAUAAUUUGGGUGCCAUCCUCACCUAUGCUGUGGUGGGCACACUCUGGAAUGCCUUCACAACAGGUGCUGCCCUCUGGGGCCUGCAGCAGGCUGGACUUGUGGCCCCUCGAGUGCAGGCCAGCUUGCUGGACUUUCUGCUCUUUGGGAGCCUCAUCUCAGCGGUGGACCCUGUGGCUGUGCUGGCUGUCUUUGAGGAGGUGCAUGUCAACGACACUCUCUUUAUCAUCGUCUUUGGCGAGUCCCUGCUCAAUGAUGCUGUCACCGUGGUGCUGUACAAGGUCUGCAACUCCUUUGUGGAGAUGGGCUCUGCCAAUGUGCAGGCCACUGACUACCUGAAAGGAGUCGCCUCCCUGUUUGUGGUCAGUCUGGGCGGGGCAGCCGUGGGCUUAGUCUUUGCCUUCCUCCUGGCCCUGACCACACGCUUCACCAAGCGGGUCCGCAUCAUCGAGCCGCUGCUGGUCUUCCUCCUCGCCUAUGCAGCCUACCUCACUGCUGAAAUGGCCUCUCUCUCUGCUAUUCUUGCGGUGACUAUGUGUGGCCUAGGCUGUAAGAAGUACGUGGAGGCCAACAUCUCCCAUAAGUCACGCACGGCUGUCAAAUACACAAUGAAGACUCUAGCCAGCUGUGCUGAGACAGUCAUCUUCAUGCUGCUUGGCAUCUCGGCUGUGGACUCUUCUAAGUGGGCCUGGGAUUCUGGGCUGGUGCUGGGCACCCUCUUCUUCAUCCUGUUCUUCCGAGCCCUCGGCGUAGUCCUGCAGACGUGGGUGCUGAAUCAGUUCCGGCUGGUCCCUCUGGACAAGAUUGACCAGGUGGUGAUGUCCUAUGGGGGCCUGCGUGGGGCUGUGGCCUUCGCUCUCGUCAUCCUACUGGACAAGACCAAGGUCCCUGCCAAGGACUACUUUGUGGCCACCACUAUUGUGGUGGUCUUCUUCACAGUCAUUGUGCAGGGCUUAACCAUCAAGCCACUGGUCAAGUGGCUGAAGGUGAAGAGGAGUGAGCAUCACAAACCCACCCUGAACCAGGAGCUGCAUGAGCACACUUUUGACCACAUUCUGGCUGCAGUGGAGGACGUUGUGGGGCACCAUGGCUAUCACUACUGGAGGGACAGGUGGGAACAGUUUGACAAGAAGUACCUGAGUCAGCUGCUGAUGCGACGGUCAGCCUACCGCAUCCGGGACCAGAUCUGGGAUGUGUACUAUCGACUCAACAUCCGGGAUGCCAUCAGCUUCGUGGACCAGGGAGGCCAUAUCUUGUCCUCCACAGGUCUCACUCUGCCCUCUAUGCCCAGCCGCAAUUCUAUGGCAGAGACAUCUGUCACGAACCUGUUGAGGGAGAGUGGCAGUGGAGCAUGUCUGGAUCUGCAGGUGAUUGACACAGUGCGCAGCGGCCGGGACCGUGAGGAUGCUGUGAUGCACCAUCUGCUCUGUGGAGGCCUCUACAAGCCACGCCGCAGGUACAAAGCCAGCUGCAGCCGCCACUUCAUCUCAGAGGAUGCGCAGGAACGGCAGGACAAGGAGGUCUUCCAGCAGAACAUGAAACGGCGGCUGGAGUCCUUUAAGUCCACCAAGCACAACAUCUGCUUCACCAAGAGCAAGCCACGACCUCGCAAGACCAGUCGCAAGAAGAAGGAUGGUUUAGCUAACACUGAGGCCACAAAUGGGAAACCUCCUCGAAAUCUGAGCGUUCAGGACACAGCUGCUGUGAUCUUAACUGUGGAGUCUGAGGAGGAGGAAGAGAGUGACAGUUCGGAGACAGAGAAGGAGGACGACGAGGGGAUCAUCUUUGUGGCUCGGGCCACCAGUGAGGUUCUCCAAGAGGUCAAGGUCUCAGGGAGCCUUGAGGUGUGCCCAAGCCCACGCAUCAUCCCCCCCUCCCCAACCUGUGCAGAGAAGGAGCUACCCUGGAAGAGUGGUCAGGGAGAUCUGGCAGUCUACGUGUCCUCGGAAACCACCAAGAUUGUGCCUGUGGACAUGCAGACAGGCUGGAACCAAAGCAUCUCAUCCCUGGAGAGCCUGGCAUCCCCACCCUGUACCCAAGCCCCAACUGUGACCCGCUUGCCUCCUUGCCCACUGGCUGCUGAAGAGCCUCAGCACCCUUUCAACCUGCCGUAUGAUCCACGCCCUAGCUUCGCCUUUCCCCCAAGCCUGGCCAAAGCUGGCCGCUCUCGCAGUGAAAGCAGCGCUGACAUCCCCCAGCAGCAGGAGCUACAGCCCCUCAUGGGAUAUGAGGACCGCACCCAUCUUAGUCCAGGCACAGCCAACUCCCACUGGUGCAUCCAGUUCAACAAAGGUAGCCGGCUGUAG